AUGGUCCGCAAACCUGGAGUUCGGCGGAUUGUGGAAGCGACGGUGGAGAGAUGUGUUGUCACUGAUGGUAGCCGCUUCGAACUGCUUCUUUCGCGGCUAGCGGCUGGGCUCCGGGCGUUCGCCAGAGAAGACGGCAAGCGGGUGAAAGCGACGGUGACUCAUCUGGCGGUUGAGGUGGCGGAACUCCGUCAGGCCAUGAUGCGAGAUCCAUCCUGCAAAUCAACGUGCGAGCGGUUAGCUGUACACGAGGCGCAACUGCGCGAGUACCAAGCGUCGAGAAAGGACAAGCUGUUCCUGAUGUCGGGUCUGCGGAUGGAGCUCCGGGGGGAGGUGGCGUCAAAGCACUUGACGGCGCUGGUGCAGGCCAAGAAAGCGUGCACUCAGAUUGCAGUGUUGCAGACGGCGUCAGGGGUUGUCUCGGACUCCCAAGGCAUUCUUCGUGCAGCAUCGGAGUUCUUCGCGGAAAUCUUUGGGCGGGACCGGGGUCAGCUGGAAGAUGACUGGCGCCCUGCGUCGGAUAAAAAGCUGAGAAGCUGGGAAGCAGAAGAACUGGCGGCGGAUUGGACGGAAGAAGAAGUCAAGAAAGCCUUCGGUGCGAUGGCGGCGAACAAGUCGCCUGGGAAGGAUGGCCUGCCAAAGGAGCUGUUUGAAGCACACUGGGAUUUGUUGGGUAAAGGCUUCAUGGCCUUAGCAAAGGACUUCGCAUCAACAGCGGUCCUCUCGACGGAGGUGAAGGAAGCGGUGACGAUACUUUUGCACAAAAAGGGGGACAAAGAUCAGCUCAACAAUUACCGCCCCAUCACUCUCCUCAAUUUUACUUACAAGGUGCUGGCAAGAGUAGUGGCUGACAGGAUGAAGAAAUUUCUGUGUCGGGUGCUCUCACCGGAGCAGUACAGCUUUCUCCCGGGGCGGCGGCUGACGGAUGCAGUGAGGCUUGUGGCUGAUAUCAUUGACGCGGCGCGUAAUGGCAAUGAGGAUUGGUUUCUCCUCUUGGUUGACUUCAAGAAGGCGUUUGACUCUGUCUCCCGUGGCUACCUCUUCCGAACGCUUCGGGUGAUGGGCUUCCCUGAACGGUUGGUGCGGUGGGUAGAAGGCCUGCAUGCGGGAACGCAGACACGUCUGUUAGUCAACGGCUGGAUGGGAGACGGUGUGGAGGUGAUUUCGGGGGUCCGGCAGGGUUGUCCCAUGGCUCCGUACCUUUUUCUGUAUGCGGUUGAGCCUUUGGCGCAGCUGGUCUUGAAGCGAAAAUUGGGCAUCUGCAAGGGGAGCGAGCGGUUGGCGUAUAUCGGCUACGCGGAUGAUACCACUUUGGUCCUGGAGGGGAAGCAGCAGAUCACCAGGGCUGAGCAAGUGUUAGCAAAAUUUGAGUUGACCUCGGGACUCGCGACCAACAGGGACAAGUCGGUUAUCUUACCGUUGGGGAAUAACCUCGGCAGAGUGGCUGGUCGGGCGAAUGGAUUCCGUUGGGCAAAGGCGGAUGAAGCGGAGAAGCUGCUGGGGGUUUGGGUCACUCCCUCGGGAAACUGCCUGCCAACAUGGGAAAAAACUGCAGAAGCAAUGACAGGGAAGAUUAUCCAGUGGCAACAUAAAUUUCUUCCAACCGUGGCAAGGACGGCGGUGGUUAACUGCUACAUGAUGCCCAAGGCAGCGUUUCAAGCACAAGUCUACCCGCCUCCAGCGAAGCUGUGGGGCAUUGUCUCAAAGACUCUCUACAACUUUGUCUCUGGAAAUAAGGCAACGCCAGACACGGUAUUUCGGCUCUGGAGCAAUGAUCUGCUUCACACUCCAAGGAGGCUGGGGGGUGUGGGCCUGCACGACCCGGAGAUGAUCUUGGCGUGUCUCACGGCUCGUCGCGUGGGUUUAUUGGUGCUGGAGACGAACGCGCUGAAACGGCACCUCAUGACGCGGGCGGCGGGUUUGCCCAUGGGGGUCGAAACCUUUUUUGCUCAUGAGAAGCUGCUUCGUCACUGGGAGGGGAAAAGUCCCCGCUGGAAGGUGGCGGUCGAGAACUUUAUGAAAACGCCGCUAGGUAACCUACCGGAAGCAAACACUCGUGACGCGGUGGGAAAGGAGCGCGUCGUCUUCAACAAGCGUAUUUUGCUGAAAGGAACAACGCCGAUUGGCGGGCAAAAGGAGGCGGCGCUGCUGUGGGAGCUACGGUUGGGUGUUCUGCUAACAGUCGGCGAGUCUGGGGCUCCUGCACUCAAACCCUUGGCUGUACUAGAGAGGGAGCUGGGAGGGAAAGCCUCCGCUAGGCUAGCGCUGAAAGCCUUCGAUGCUGCCCCCCGGAGAUGGAGGGAGUUGCUGCUCUCUGCGCCCGCUCAGGACUCUCGGGGGGGUGCUUCAGAUGAGGUUUGGAAUUUCCGUCAUCCUGUGGGGCGCAACCUUUCCGAUUUCCCCAUCUUCGAGGGCGGGGGAGUUGCACCUAUGAAGCUGUUGAAGUUGCUUUGGCGGGAGGGGCAGAAGCCAUCGGCGAAGCAGACACUAUGGAACGAUAGGUUGGGGAGCGGGUGGCGUUUUUUAGCAGCAAACCGGUCUGCCCUUAUUGCGGCGGGGUAG